GUUGGCGAUCAUCGGCCUUUCCUUUCAGCCCCUUAUCUAUCACUCCCGUGACUCUCUGGUUCCGGCUGAAUCCUCCUCUCGAGAGUUCGGCAUGGCCUCCGUUCCCGCCGCUGCUAACGCCAUCAUCGCCGCCAAGCCGUCGUGCUCUCCUCUGCUGCCUCUUUCACCCAGUAGCUGCCCCUUUUCCUCUGCUCUCUCCGGCCAGCCCCUUCGACUACAAUCUCGAAGAUUCGCCGCAGCCGUAAUGCCUCGCCGUAUGACCGUCGUGUUCGCUAAGAAGAAGGCCGUUGCUGUCCUUAAGGGCAGCUCCAAGGUUGAGGGCGUUGUCACCCUCGUCCAAGAAGAUGACGGGCCCACAACUGUUAAUGUUCGUGUCACGGGACUUACUCCAGGAUCUCAUGGUUUCCAUCUUCAUGAAUUUGGGGAUACUACCAAUGGAUGCAUUUCAACAGGUGCCCAUUUCAACCCUAACAGCCUGACACAUGGUGCUCCUGAAGAUGAAGUCCGUCAUGCGGGUGAUUUGGGAAAUAUAGUUGCUAAUGAUGAAGGUAUAGCUGAGGCGACAAUUGUAGAUAAUCAGAUACCACUCGAGGGACCUAAUUCUGUUGUUGGAAGAGCAUUUGUGGUUCAUGAGCUUGAGGAUGAUCUUGGAAAGGGAGGACAUGAACUUAGCCUUACAACUGGAAAUGCAGGUGGCAGAUUGGCUUGUGGUGUGGUUGGUCUGACGCCCCUUCAGUAAUUACCUUGGAGCAUGCUACCAGUGCCAUUCUAGUUUAAUGUAACCUGGUGAAAUUUUGUGUGGCAAAUAAGCUGCUGAGAGGAUUUUAGCUUUCUGUAUGAAAACUAUAUUCGGACUGCUUAGCAAAACAAUGUUGUGAUCUGGUGAACUGGAUUCAAUGGAGUCUCAAUCUGUUUAUGCAAUAAUGAUAGUAAUUUGUUCUUCA